AUGUCAUCUCUCAACAAAGACCACCCCCCUUCAACCCACACCCUCUUCCUCAACGCCACCAUCAUCGACGGCUCUGGCAACACACCCCGCUGCAUCGGCAGCCUCCUCAUCCAAAAUAGCAAAAUCCACACAAUCCGCCCCGUCCCCUCAGCCUACACCGACGACGAGCUCAUCCAAGCCCGCGCUACAGGCGUCCGCAUCAUCAACUGCGAAAACGGCCACUGGACUCUCUCCCCGGCCUUCAUAGACAUGCACGCCCACUCCGACCUCGCCCUGCUCCACACCCCCACCCACGAGGCGAAGAUCACUCAGGGUGUUAUGACGGAGGUCAUUGGGCAGGAUGGGAUUUCAUACGCUCCUGUCGAUGAUGGAGCGAUGAGGCGGAUUCGGGAGCAGAUUGCUGGGUGGAAUGGGGAUCCUGAUGAGCAGGAUUACCCGGGGUUUUGGGGGAGGUGGAGAACGGUGGGGGAGUAUCUGGGUGUUCUGGAUGGGGAGGGGGUCGCGACGAAUGUGGCGUAUCUGGUUCCGCAGGGGAAUUUGAGGGGUUUGGUUAAAGGGUGGGAUGGGGGGCUCGCUAGCGGGGAGGAGGUGGGGGUGAUGAAGGGGGGUUUGAGGUGGUGUUUGCAAGAGGGAGCUGUGGGGAUGUCGAGAGUUUGGGGGGGGGGGGGUAAUUAUUGUCCGCAUACGAAGAGUUAUGGCAAGGAGGCGCUGCGGGCUUAUGGGGAGAUGAUUCAGAUUGCGAGGGAGACGGGCGUGAGGUUGCAUUUGACGCAUGCGACGAUGAAUUAUGGGGAGAAUGCGGGCAGGGCGGGCGAGUCGAUUGAGAUGGUUGAUGAGGCGAUUGAGGAGGGCGUGGAUGUUACGUUGGAUACGUAUCCGUACCUCCCUGGUAGUACGACGUUGGCGAGUACGCUGCCUAGCUGGGCUGCUAGCGCGGACGAUAAGCUAGCGCUCCUGAACGACCCAGAGUCCCUAGCGAAGAUCAAACACCAAGCCCUCCACACCGGCACAGACGGAUGCCAUGGCAUGACACUCCAAUGGGAUAUCCUCGAAAUCAGCGGCGUGUCCAAACCCGAACUCGCAUCGAAAUACGUCGGCAAGACCCUCGCCCAAAUCGCCAAAGAACAAUACCAAGAUCCCUUCGAAACUUACAUCCAAAUCCUCAAAGCCGACACCUUCAACUCCACCAUCCUAUCCCACUCCGGCCACGAGGGGAAUGUCAGGAAUAUAAUGCGCCAUCCCCGCCACACAGGCGGCUCGGAUGGGAUCUUGACAUCGACGAAACCGCAUUCGAGGGGAUGGGGGACGUUUCCGCGCUACUUGGGACACUACGCCCGCGACUUGCCUAAUGGGAAAUCGAGGAAUAUAUACCACGCCACAUCCAACUCCUCCUUCGACGAUGUCGCGUUAGAGGUUGUAUUCAAGGGCGGACUGGAGGAGGCGGUGGCGCAUGUGACGUCGAGGGCUGCGGCUGUGAUUGGGGCGCGGGGGAGAGGGAUGGUGAGGGAGGGGUAUUGGGCGGAUCUGGUGUUGUUUGAUGCUGGGGAGGUUAGGGAUGUGGCGACGUAUAAGGAGCCGAAGCAGGCUGCGAGGGGGAUUAGGGGGGGGGAGGGGUUGGUGACGGGGAGGAGGGCGGGGAGGACGGUGAGGACGAGGAACGAGGGGGACGGGGGUUGGGAGGUUAGCUGA